UUGUGUGGUACAAACAAUUUCUUCUCUUCAUCCAUCAUCUUCAGCUCUUAUAUUUCUCUCCUCAACCAAUACUACACACACAAGAUUUCUAAACAUUUCAUCUCAAAAACAAAACAAAACAAAAAUAUCUAAACAUUUAUUUUAGUUUAUAAUAUUUAAGGGAUGACAAAUUGUUUUUCUUUCUUCCGAAGAAGAAGAACGGGUGGUGGAUCAUCGAAAGAACGCGAUGUGGAAGAUAGCUUGAGCAGCAAGUCAAACGUGAAUAGUGAAUACCGCAAUGCAUUCAGAACAAAGUCUUAUGUUGACAUAUGUAACAAAGCUCAAGGAUAUGGAAUUGAAAACACAAGCAUGAGAUCAUCACACUCUAACUCCUGUUCGACUUCUUCUUCUUCUUUGCUAGAACCUAGACAAGAAAUUGUUACAAACAUGAUCAAGAGCUUUAAGGUGCAUCAUCUUCUAGUGGACUACUUUGAAGCCAGCUUAGAAGCAUAUCUUUGUUGCGACAAAAUCCUUCAAGGUGUUCGUCAAACUAGAUUUGGUUAUGGAAAAGUCAUAAACGUAGUUAAUAAGUUAAGCCAAAGAGUCGUUGAAUAUGACACUGACACAGAUGUGGACACAAACGUCAAUGACAAUAUUAUCUAUGAAGAGCUUGUUUCAUCUGUUAUUAACAACUCUUUGUGUUUGUCCAAUAAUAUUAUUAAUUUCUGCGAUAUUCAAGAAAAACACAUAGCGCUCCUUAACAGACUUAACUCAAAGAGAUUGAAACUCAAAAGAAGAAUAACAAUAAAGAGGUUAUGCAAGAAAGUUGGAGGGAUCGGUUUAGUCGUUUCAGAAACCGCUCUUUUGGUGGCUUUGUUAGUCUUUGCUUUCCAUAGCAUAAUUGGGUUAGCUGCUGCCCCUUAUGUAGUCGGUGGAUCCUUUGGUUUGAUGAAGAAGAGAUCCAAGUGGGAAAAUAAAAAGUAUAAUUCUUGUGAAAAACUAUAUGAACAAAUUGAUGUUGCUGCAAAAGGGGUUUAUAUAGUGAUAAAUGAUUUGGAUACUAUGAGCCGUAUGGUUAAGAGGUUAGCGGAUGAGGUUGAACAUUGUAGAGAGGUUGCUGAUAUUUGUGUGAAGAAUUAUGGUCAUGGUAAUGGAAGGUGUGUAAUAUUGAAGAUGGUUCUAAGAGAAUUUCGUGAUUGUCAAACUAACUUUAUGGAUCAGUUGGAAGAGCUUGAGGAGCAUAUCUAUUUGUGCUUUCUCGCUAUUAACAGAUCUAGAAGACAGCUUAUGCAAAAGAUUACUGACAAGAAAUAUUAAAACGAUUGGUGAAGCUACUCUUUAGUUUUAAAGGCGGACAAGUCAAGUUCAGUAAGAAACAAAUUUAGAACGUCGUGAGACAGUUCAGUUCCUAUCUACCGUUGGUGUUAAAGGGAGAACUGCGAGGAGCCAGCCCUGGUACAAGAGGACUGGUUGGAUCCUUUGGAGCUGUUGUCUAGUUAGUUGACUUUGACAAGUGUUAACUCAUUCUUUCCAUUUUCUUAGUCUCUGUAAUUCUUUGAUUUUACUGUUGUAUUAUUUUAUUUACAAUAUUGGAAAUUAAAAAAAAAAAAAUAUUACAUGAUA